AUGGAAAAUUGUGCUACCACGAACUACGCUGGUCUGGGUUAUGGGGCCUUACGAUACGUUCGGAAACCAGAAUUUAUUCAAGCUCAAAGAAAAAUUUUAUCUAGCCUAGCUUCAUUAAAGGAAAAGAAAGAUAAAAAUGAAUUUAAGAAAGAAUGCUUACAAUUGAAUGAUUAUCUAAUUAAGUUAAAGGAUAAACCUCCAAAAUAUACGAAUCCUAAUCAGUGGGUCCCAGUACUUAGGAAUUAUUUUAAGAGUAAAUUUGAUGAGCUUACUGAACAUGGUGGUUGUCCCAUGAUUUUCGAGCAGAAUGAAAGAGAUCUUUUAGAAUUAAAAUAUGAUGCACUAGAUUUCUGUGAAACAAUUAAAGUAUAUGAACAAAAACUAAGUGCCUUCAAGGAAGGAGGUAAUAGAACAUAUAAUUGUAAUAGUAAUGCUGAUUGUUUAAAGCAUUGUACGGAAUAUAAGGAUUGGUUUACAAGUAAGAAGGGACAUUUCCAGAAUACCAGAAAUCUCAUUAGUAAAAGUUGCAUAUAUAAAAGUUUAUCAUCGCAUUUUCCUACAAAACAAUGCAACAUACUGAAUACUAGAAUGUUAAAUAAAGUUCCUGAAUGCAUAUGUAUUAAACCAGAGGAAACUAGUCAACCUGCACCUAAAGAAAAAAUAUUAAGAGAACCAGAAUUAGUUCAAAUUAAAUCAGAAGUUUUGCCUGUACCUCAAGAAGGAAUUUCACAUCAAGUGAAACAUCUAUCUGAUAGUUCACCUGAUAGUUCCCUUGUUGAUUCUCCAGACGGUCCACCUUCAGACAUAGCUCAACAAGAAGCAGCAAUUGAAGGCACCACAAUGGUAAAUUCAGAUAAUUUAGGUACAGAUACACACGAUUCAAUUACUCAAAAACCAGAUGAUGUUACAAAUUCUUCAUCUACACAGGAAACGUUAAGCAGUUCUAUAGUAAAAUUACCAGGUAGCCCAGAAUUAGAAGCAGGUAGUCAUAUUAAAACUAUACUAGCAGCUUCUGAAGUAUCAAUUGCUAAAACCCCUCAUAAUCCUGCAGACUCUAAAAUUCAAGGUAACAUUAAUGAUGUUUUCUUUUAUAUUUUUGUGAUAACUAAACAAAUUAUUGCAUAUAUACAUAAAAUUAAUGCAGGUCCAGUAGCAAAUUCACAUAACCCAUAUUAUGCUUUAAAGGGGAAGUUCAAAAAAAAAAAAUAUAUAAGAAGAAGACAAGUUAAAUUUCUCAGAAUACUACUACUUUCAGAUACUGACAAGAAAGAUAAGUUUUUAUCAGAUGGUCAUUUAGAUCAGCCAAUAUGUGAUGAUAAGGAAAUAAUAAAAAAAUUAAAAAUAUAUGAACAUAACACCAUAAAAAAUACAAAUAUGUUAAAGAGAAAAAAAGAAAGAUCUAAAACUAUUAUAGAAGUACAUAUGGAAGUACUCGAGGAAUUCAGAAAUGAUGAAUGGGAAUUAAACAAAGGAGAAUUUUUAGCAAUAUGUCUAGAAAUAUUCAAAAAUGAGGAACGUAGAUCCUAUUCUAAUUUGAUAAAUGAUUAUCAAAUGGAAAAUAUUCAAUGCAGCAUUGAUAAUGAGGAAAAAAAUAUUCUGUGGAAUAAAUGGAUAGAAAGACACAGAAAUCAUUCUGAAAAAUUUAAAAAAGAAGAUUGGUUUAAUAAUUUGAAAAAUGAAUGGAAAAAAGAAAAAUCUAAGGUAAAAAAAAUGGAAGAAUUAAAAAAUAAAUCUUCAAACGAAAAUCAAAAAUUUUCAUUUUUAGGAGAAAAAGAUAUAUGGAGACAGUGGAUAUCAAACAAGGGUAAAAUUGUAGAGCACUAUCUGGAACAGUACUGGUUUAUGGGAUUAACAGAUGAAAUUGAUAAUAUAUUAGAUGAAUAUGAAAAUGAAGAAACUAAAAAUAGUGUGUCACUAAUAAAUGUAGAAGAAAUGGAACAUAACAAAAGUUGUGAAGAAUUAUAUAAAUAUGUUAAAAAAAAAUUACUAGAAAAACUAUGUAUACUUGUAUUUAUGAUGAUAUUAGAGGAAUGCAUAAAAGAGGAGCGUAUAGAUAAUAGGGAAUCAUAUUUUGAUAAUUCCAUAAAUGAAUCAUUUACAAUGGAAAACUCAGAUAGAAAAUCGAAAAUUGCAGAAGAAAGAACUGAAGAAAAAAGUUACGUUUUAGAGCAUAAACUUAAUGAGGAAAUUCGUUCUUAUAAAGGACAGAACUGUUUUACGCAGGAGCUAGAAGAUUGGAUAAAAGACAAUGAUUCAGAUGUAUGUUCUACAUAUAAAGAAAAUAAUAUUGAUAAAUUAGAUUAA